AUGAGGAAGGUGUUCAGAGUGUUCAGGCGUUCAGAGAUGCAGCCUUUCGCUAUUCUGCUCUGGGGCCUUUUGGUUUUCUGCAGCUGUUCUUCUUCAGAUUCGAGUGCAGAUUUUACUGUAACUCAGACUCCGUCUGCACUCACAGUGAAGGAUGGAGGCUCUGUUACCAUCACCUGCUGCUGGGAUAAAAGCAUCCCUGGAGUGAAAGUGAGAUGGUUAAAAGAUGAUCAACACACUGGAGUCUGGAGUGAUAAACGCCUUCAUACAGGAAUACAGAGUAACUGCACAGUGUUGUCUAUAAAAAGCCCCUGUACAAAUCAUACAGGGCUCUAUAUCUGUGAAGUUACGCAAGACGUACCAGUGCUGGUUAUUAGAAAAGGAAUAGGGACGACUGUAGAAUUCACGGAAGAAAUUAAGUGUAAAGCCAAUGAGUCUGCACAGAGUCCAACCACGCAGACUCCAGCUCUUACACCGACAGGACCCUUACCUUCAAAACUGCCGGUGGUGGAGGUGUCCGUGUCCGGCGCUCUGGCUCUGAUAUUCCUCUGUGUGUCUCUGGCUGUGUGGAGAACCUGCAGAAAACCAGAGAGGGUGGUCAUACGGGAGGGUCCUCCGAGUGAAGGAGACGAGCCAGAGGUCAGCGAGGAGGACGACAGCUCCAGGAACUCCAGAGGAUCCACUCAGUGGUACAUGGUUCCGGUGUACGAGUCCUACUUUGAUCUGCAGAGGAACGAUGAAGAAUCAAAAGAAGAACACCCGUCCAAAGGAGAAGAGUCAGCGAAAGAAGACGAGUCGGUGAAAGACGAGGAGUCAGCAAAGCGACAGUCGGUGAAGCGACAGUCGGUGAAACGGCAGUCGGUGAUGCAAAAGUCAAUCAAGUCGAUCAAACGCGGCUGGAGUAAAAAGUCUAACGGCCCUGAUAAGCAAUAGGAGCGUUCAGACCUGUCAGGUUAGCGCUGCGCCAGCAGCAUCCCUGAAGGGGAACGGGGUUCCGUCUCUGGUUCUUCCCUCCGUUCUCUCUCUUUAACAGCUUCCUGUGAUGCUAACAAGGCUAACAAAUGGUGAAAACGGCAGGCUGUUCAAACCAAGCAUUAGUUUUUCUCUUUCUUUUGCUCUGUUUUGUUUCUUUCAUUCCUCUUUCUUGCUGUCUUUAUAUCAUACACUAGCCACACUGUAGUCCUGCAAAAUGGUUUCCUUCCUUCUUUCUUUCAUUCUGUCAUGCCUAGAAAAGGGUAGAAACUAGCAGUCUGUUAAGCCUAUGUGUUAUUUUUCUCUCUUUCUUUUGUUCCUUUUCAUUUCGUUCGUUUCUUUCUCACUCCUGCUGUAUAUUAGCCAUACCAGAGUCCUGUAAAAUGAUAGUUUAAGUUUGUAUUUUUAUUUAAUUAUGUCUUUUUAUUCACUUAUCCAAGAAUGCCAGCAGUAGGUGGAAACUAUG